GAUAGACAUAUAUCCUCUGCCAGUUAAUUGUACUUCUGCCAGACCUGUCCACUGGCCAGUGUUUAGAUCUUUAUACAUCACUUUGACUCCUUUAGUAUUUAGUGUUGAUAAGUCACUGUUUAAUGCUUUUCCAUGAACAACUAUGGGUGGAUUUUCUGCUGUACCUGCUAAGCGCAAAAAAUUAAUGACAUAUAAAACCUUCCAAAUAUGUUCUUGCGGGGAUAGACCCAUUUCCCCCCUUUUUUGUUUUGCGAGUAAGCUUUUUAAAACUUGAUGUGCACAUUCAAUGAUGGCCUGACCAGUAGGUGAAUUUGGAAUACCUGUUUGAUGUCGGAUAUGCCAUAGUUGACAAAAUUGAGGAAAGGAACAUGAAACACAUGCCGGACCAUUAUCCGUCUGUAUACUGUGUAACACCCAUAACUGCAAAACAUCUGCGUAGAUGCUUUUUAGUAUGUUUUGCUGUCUCACCUGUGAGAGGAGUGGCCCAUAUAAGGGAAGAAAAGGUAUCAAAUGUGACAUGCACGUACUUUAGUCUGCUGAAUUCUGCUAUGUGAGUGAUAUCCAUUUGCCACAAUUGCAAUGGUUGUAAACCGCAUGGAUUUACUCCAAGGACAAUUCCAAAACUAAAUUGCUGACAGUCAGGACAGGAUUGUACAAUACCUGUGGCAUCUGAAUGUGUUAUGCCAAAUUGACGCGACAGCAGAUCCAGCGCAUCUCCCUGAACACCCUGACCCUCAAUGUGUGCAGUGAGGUGGUGUACACCUGCCAUGGCGUCCCCAUCUCUGUCACCAGUAUUGCACAGGUGAAGAUCCAGGGGCAGAACAAGGAGAUGCUGGUGGCCGCCUGCCAGAUGUUCCUGGGCAAGUCGGAGAGUGAGAUCACCCUGGAGACCCCACCCCCAAUGCCUCCCACCCAGGAAAUCUACAAGGACCAGCAGAAGUUCUGGGUGCAGGUUUUCAACGUGGCCUCAUCCCACCUUGUCAACAUGGGGACCAGCAUGGUCAGCUACACCCUAAAGGCCAUCCACAAUGACCACUGUCCCCAAGACUACCUGCACUCGCUGGGGAAGGACCGGACGGCACAGGUCCAGUGUGAUGCUCACAUCAGGGAGGCCAAGGCCAAGCAGGACGCCGGCAUCCACGAGGCACAGGCAUGCCAGGAGCAGGUCUCAGCACAGCUGCUGGCUGAGACAGUGAUGGCACAGGCCCAGUAUGACUUCCAGGUGCAGCAGGUGCUGUGCAAUGCCACUGUCAGAUCUGCAAGGCCCAGGCCGACUUGUACAACAGAUGCCGUGGUGAGGAUAAAGCAGCAGAUUGAGGAGCAGUGGGCACAGGUGCUGGUGGUGGAACAGUGGAAUGCACAGCAGGUAGAGCUGCAGGAGCAUGAGAUUGGCUGCCGUGAGUGUGAGCUGGAGGCCACCAUCCACAAACCUGCUGAGGCUGAGCGUUACUGCCUGAAGCACCUGGCCAAGGCCCAGUGGUGAGCCCUGCCCCCCCACCAGCAAGUCCCCCCCCUCAGCUUCUGCACCCCACCACCUUGGGCAAAACCAUGACCCCUUUAAAUGA